GUUGUAAAAUUUUAUUUGAAACGAAGAUUUAUGUUUUGAAUCUUAUCUUAUGUCUGGAGUAUAAAAUAGAUCUUGUAAUACCAGCAGUAUACACGAAUUGACCUCAACAGGUCACUGGAAGUGAUACGUAAUUUAUUAAGCAGAAACCGGAAAAAGCUGGGUCAUUUGUUGAAUAAUGUGAUAGUAAAGAUAUGUUAAAAUGUAAAAAUACGUCAAAAACAUUUAAGUACAUAUGCAUAUGAUGAAAAAUACUAUGUAAAGAUAUAUUUUUCUAGUUGUGGUCGAUUUUAAAGGUACUUUAAGUAGUGUUGUGAAUGUACUGGACUGAGGAAGUGAAGUCAUAUGUGAAAAUGUGAAUAUUUUAAAAGUUUCGACUGUUGUAAAUCAUGGCUGCGUGGGUAUGGUUUGCUGCAAUGUUGUGUGGUACCCAGGCGGCAGUGCUGCCGCCACCGUGGGCGGAUGUCAGGAAGAAUCCUUGUGCGGCACACCCAAGGGGCUGGCUGAUGCUGUACUGGCCAAACGAUGGAAAAUGUUACACCAUUUACCAGAAAGGAUACCCCUGUCCAGAUACACAAGAGCUCAGUCCAGCUCGGUGGGGCGGGCGGACGGUGGCCGAGUGCAAGUGUCCUCCGGGUACUGCCCAACUGCCACACACCACCACCUGCCACAAGUUGUUCGAGCGAGGACCGUGCCAACCAGGAGAGUACUUCGCGCCUGUAGAGGAAUCAUUUAACAAGCGAGGCGAACGGCAAGGCAUGUGCGUGCGUCCUCAACAAUGCGCGGACGAGACCUUGCUCUACUGGCCUGCGGAUGGCCGGUGCUACUACCGCCUGAGUCAGGGCCCCUGCUACACCGGAUCUAUAUUGGAUCUGGGUGACGAUGGGCUGGCUAAUUGUACAUGUGCCUCGGACGGUCCUCACUAUUGGGAUGCUGACGGAGGGUGCUACGCUCAUUAUUCCAGAGGUCCUUGUGAGAAGGGGCAGCUGUUCUUGCCAGGUGCGAAGUGUGGCUGCGAGAGCCAUCUACCUCAUUAUCAUAAUGGUACUGGUGCCUGUUACGAAUUAGAUUCGAUAGGCCCUUGUCCCAAAGGACACGUGUUUUCCAUUUCGCAAAUAAGUCCUUACGGAUCUAAAGCCGAGUGUAAGUGUAAAGCCUUCCACACGCGAGCUGUAGACGGUGCUUGCUACAGACUGUACACGAGGGGACCAUGUGCUCAUGAUGAAAUGAUCGCGAGAGGGGGGAGAUGUAUAAAGUUGCCGUGUGCCCGCGGACGUUUGUACGUCCCAGAGCGUCGGCGUUGCUAUAGACCCGGUGCUCCCGAGCCGUGUCCAGUCGGUGAAGUGGUGGCAUUCGACUUCGAAGCCAGACCAGCGCUUGAUGGGUUAAGCCAUAAUGGAGUUUGUGCAUGCGGAAGUGGUGUUUGUACUAGACGAGAGGUCGAAGCCUGUUCCUCCAGACGAGGGUCUGCAUCAUACGGCGGGGCCUGUCACACACUCCAUACCCAAGGUCCAUGUCCAGAAUAUUCCUGGCUGGUAAAAGAUUCAUACGGUUCAACCAAAUGUCAGUGUAGACCUGGCAGGCUGCCUCCCGAUUGCAGAGAAGACACAAGAUUGAAAUUGAAGAGCUGACACCAUUGAAGAUGUCGUUUGUAAUGAUCUCGUAUAUAGAGCAUAUUCACUUGAAAAUGUCAUUAAGUAUUGUGGCUGUUUAGAGAUAGGACCUACUUUAAGUGUUCACACAUUAUUAGAAUCGAAUGACUCGGGC